AUGGCACUUUAUAAUUUCAAGAAGAUUAUGGUGGUUCCCACCGCCAAGGAUUUCAUCGACAUCACUUUAUCCAAAACACAAAGGAAGACACCCACAGUGAUACACAAGCAUUACCAAAUCCACAGGAUCCGACACUUUUACAUGCGAAAGGUCAAGUUCACCCAGCAGAACUACCAUGAUCGCCUCACACAGAUCCUUGCCGACUUCCCCAAGCUCGACGACAUCCAUCCGUUCUAUGCUGAUCUGAUGAACGUGUUGUAUGACAAAGACCAUUACAAGUUGGCCUUAGGGCAGAUAAACAUCGCCAAGAAUCUCAUCGAUAAUGUUGCCAAAGACUAUGUGCGUCUGAUGAAGUACGGAGAUUCUCUGUAUCGGUGUAAACAGCUGAAGAGAGCCGCUCUGGGUCGUAUGUGCACCAUUGUGAAGCGACAGAAGUCGAGUCUGGAGUAUCUGGAACAAGUGCGUCAGCAUCUAUCCCGUUUGCCAACUAUUGACCCCAACACGAGGACCCUGCUUCUGUGUGGUUACCCCAAUGUCGGCAAGUCCAGUUUCAUCAACAAGGUGACCAGAGCAGAUGUCGACGUGCAGCCUUACGCUUUCACCACCAAGUCUUUGUUUGUGGGUCACAUGGACUACAGAUACCUCCGCUGGCAGGUGGUGGACACACCCGGUAUCCUAGACCACCCCCUGGAGGAGAGGAACACCAUCGAGAUGCAGGCCAUCACAGCUCUGGCUCACCUGCGAGCGGCCGUUCUGUAUGUCAUGGAUGUUUCUGAGCAGUGUGGUCACACCCUGCAGGAGCAGCUGAAGCUUUUCAACAGCAUCCGGCCGCUGUUCACCAACAAGCCCCUCAUCAUAGUGGCCAACAAAUGUGACGUGAAGAAGGUCAAUGAGCUGUCUGAGGAGGACCAGAAAAUCUUUGCGGCCCUCUCUGCUGAGGGAAUCCCUGUGAUAGAGACCAGCACUCUGACUGAGGAGGGAGUCAUGCAGGUUAAAACCGAGGCCUGUGACCGGCUCCUCGCCCAUCGUGUCGACACCAAGAUGAAGGGCAAGAAGGUCCAUGAUGUUCUCAACCGGCUCCACCUGGCCAUGCCCGCCCAGAGGGACGAGAAGGACAGGCCUCCGUUCAUCCCAGAGGGAGCCUUGCUGCGCAGGAAGGCGAUGGAGGUGGACACACCUAAACGCAAACUGGAGAGAGAUCUGGAGAUGGAGCUUGGUGAUGACUAUGUUCUGGACCUACAGAAAUACUGGGAUCUGAUGAACGAGGAUGAGAAGCAUGAUAAGAUCCCUGAAGUCUGGCAGGGACACAACAUUGCAGAUUACAUUGAUCCUGAAAUUAUGAUGAAAUUGGAGAAACUGGAGAAGGAGGAGGAGCUGAAGGAGCGAGCCGGGGAGUACGACUCGGAUGAUGACAGCGAGGACGAAGAGAUGCAGGAGAUCCAUGCCCUGGCCAGACAAAUCCGCGAGAAGAAGCAGCUCAUGGUCAUGGAGUCAAAGGAGAAGGAUGUGCACGGGCCUCGCAUGCCCAGGACCGCCACCAAGGUGGAGAGAAAGAAGCUGGAGAAGGAGAUGGGUGACCUUGGUCUGGACAUGAAUGACAAGGACGAUAGCCACUAUGUACAACAGGCCCGACGCUCCCGCAGCCUUGCUAAGAAACGCAAACGUGAAGCUUCGGCCCCUCCGACCUCCAGAACCCGCAGCCAGAGUGCCUCCCGUCCUCCACGAGACCAGUCCGGUUUACGAGACCCUAAGAUGGUAAAGAAGGCAAAGAAAAUGGCAAAGAACUCCCAGAAGGGUAUGAACCGCCAAGGCAGGAAGGGCGAGUCAGACAGACACGUGUUUGACCUCAAGCCCAAACAUCUCCUGGCCGGGAAGAGGAAGUCAGGCACCACUGAUCGCAGAUAAACCGGCUGUUUGUGGGCUCAUAAGACCUGGACCCUGUUUUGGGAAAAAGAGGAUUAUGAAUGAUCUUUCCAUUUAAAUCAAGGAGUCAUUUAGUAUAGCUGUGGCAUCACAGUAAACUGUAAAGCUGUUGGGGAAAUUAUAAUAGUAUUGUCUUUUGUCAGAACUAUGAUGAUCUCAGAAAACACAGAACUCUAUGGAAAAGCAGAGACGCAGAAACCAGUGAUGUCUGAUUACUGCAGCUGCUGUAGACCUCGAUUUAACAGUGGAUGUUUUAAAUAUUAUUUACUUGUUAAACUGAUUUAUAUAUGGUUUCACAAGCUUUUCUUGUGAACUUUUAUGCCUUACAGCUUGCAUGUGGCUUUACUUUGGAUAAAGUGAUGGUCCUUUCUGUAUAAGUCUCUUCAUGAGGAAUGUUCAUUAUACAAGGGAGCCAAAUAAAAUACUCCUGAACUUAACUACAGUCAAGUUGUCUUGAAUUUAAUGAAAUUCCUCAAUAGUGUUAUGGAAAAAAAUAAAACAAAACUGUGCCUGGAAUUUACAUUGCUG